UCUCGUCCGUACUACUCCGUAGACAUAGCACAACCGACAGCCCCCUUGAUCUUUAGUUUCCCCUCCUAUCGUGAUUGCUAUCCACGCCUCUCCUGUCGCUGUCGAUAUGCACCUGCGGAACGUCGACGCAGGGGGAGGUGCCUUUGAGAUGCCUCUCACCAUCACCAGCCGUCCUGUAUCUCCUCCCACCCUCAAUGGCGCAAACCACCCGUCUUCUAAUCGAACCGUUCCGUUGAAGCCCAAGUCGCUGCCGGACUCGAGUCCGAGCCCUUCACCGUUCGACCUUCUCCUCGCCUGGCUCCUCGUCCUCUACCGGGAUAACGAUGAUGCUAUCAGCCGGGUGAAUUGGGGGUGUAGGAGGGAUGGUCACCCAUCCUCACCGGCGGCUUUUGAACGUUUCCUGGAUCUAGGAAGUCUUCCUUUCCAAAAGACGGAUGCGCUAUCAGACGCCCGGCGGGCUCUCACAGAACUGUAUUCUUCUUCCGACGACGUGCCGGCUAUCGUAGUCGGGAACGAAUUCUAUUUCGACAAUGGAGUCAAGACUGUCAGCGCACCAUCGGACCCCGAGAAAGAAUCGCAGCGUUCGCCGCCCAACAAUUGGACGUACCAGAUUCAAGCAUCACUCAUCGAACAGCAACUGGACAUCACAGCCCAAUGGGUCCGGAAUUCCUUCUCACAUCAAUUUGCCAAUGCCCGUCUCGAUGUCUUCGUGGACAUUCUUGGCCAGAUCAUUGACCAUCCCGACCAGCAAGUGUCGACUGCCAUCGGGCCUACACGAGCCGACCUCGACCAGCUGUGGUCGUGGAAUGCCGUCCUCCCUCCAACCAUAGACCGCUGCAUGCAUGAAUUCGUCACAGAACAGGCCGCUUCUCAUCCCGAUUCCCCUGCCGUCGAGUCGUGGGACGGCAGCUUCACCUACCGGGACGUCGAGGAACUGUCCACCCGCCUCGCCCUCCACCUGGUCGCUCGUGGAGCACAAGUGGGCGGCAUCAUCCCUCUGUGCUUUGAGAAAUCCAGGUGGACUGUAGUCGCAGUCCUCGCCGUCAUGAAGGCAGGGUCCGCUUUUGCCCUCACCGAUCCCAGCCAGCCCGAGGCCCGUUUACGGACCAUCGUCCAACAGACCCGUCCCAAAAUCCUCCUCACGUCACAUCAACAGAGCGACUUGGGCCGCCGGUUAGCCGGUGACGAAGCAGAGGUCGUCGUCGUCGUCGUCUCGAGCCACCUCCUGAACGUGAUCGCGAUCGCAUCAACAAGCCCAGGGGUCGGCUUACCGCCUAUCCCUACCUCCUCGCCUCUGUAUAUCCAGUUCACGUCCGGGAGCACGGGGAAACCGAAAGGCGUGGUAUGCUCCCACGCAAACUACACGAGCGGUGCUGUUCCCCGCGCCCACGCCGUGGGCUAUCGUCCUCACUCGCGCGUCUUCGACUUCGCCUCGUACGCCUUUGACGUCAGCAUUGACUGCAUGCUGUGCACCCUCGCCAACGGCGGCUGUCUCUGCAUCCCGUCGGACGAGGACCGGAUCAACGACUUGAGCGGUGCCAUCCGUAACACGAAAUGCAAUAUGGCGCAUAUGACGCCCUCCGUCGCCCGCGUCCUGGAUCCCGAUAUCAUCCCUUCCCUGGAAGUCCUCGGUCUCGGAGGCGAAGCAGUAUCGGCAGGAGACGCCUCGGCCUGGAGCCAGACGACCAGCGUCAUCAUCGCCUACGGUCCAUCCGAGUGCACCGUGGGCUGUACCAUCAACAAUAACGUCAGGGAAUCCACCAACAUCGGCAAGGGCGUCGGGGGUCUGACGUGGAUCGUCGACCCUGACGACCACAACCGCCUCAUGCCUGUAGGUGCCGUGGGAGAGCUCUUGGUGGAGGGGCCUGUGGUGGGCUUGGGCUACCUCCGCGACCCCGCCAAGACGGCCGAGGUUUUCAUUCAAGAUCCCACCUGGCUUCUCACCGGAGGCCCUUCUGUGCCUGGUGGGCGACGGGGCCGACUCUACAAGACCGGAGACCUCGUGCGCUAUGAUCCGGAUGGUACAGGAGCCAUCGCUUUCGUGGGCCGGAAGGACCAACAGGUCAAGCUUCGGGGCCAACGAAUCGAGCUAGCCGAGGUCGAACAUCAUCUUCGAGGUAAACUACCAACCAACGUCAAGGUUGUCGCCGAAGUCAUCAAGCCUGGAGGGGGUGACCCGACCCUGGUCGCCUUUAUCGAGGAGCAUACCACCACCAUACCAACAAGUGCGACGGAGAACGAGGGCGGCCCAGUAACCUUGUCCCCAGAACUGAGCCUGAUCCUGGGGGAGAUGGACAUCACCCUCAGCGCUGAAAUUCCAAGAUACAUGGUCCCGUCUUCCUACAUCCCCCUGCGGAAGAUGCCGUCUCUGGUAUCGGGGAAGAUCGACCGCAAGCGACUACGAGAAAUCGGUGCUGCCAUGACAAGAGAAGAGGUUGCUCGGCUGCGAGUGGCCAGUUCCGAGCGGGACGAGCCCGAGUCCGAGAUGGAACGGGCACUGCAUCGCGCUUGGGUCAAUAUCCUGAGGGACACCGCGGAGAUCGGUUUGCAGGAUAGCUUCUUCGCCCUCGGCGGUAAUUCCCUGAAAGCCAUGCGACUGGUUAGCGCUGCAAGACACGAAGGGAUCGCCUUGACCGUGGCUACCAUUUUCAACUUUCCGACACUCAAAGCAAUGGCCGCCAUGGCAACUCCGGCACCCCGAGAGGCACAAGAGCCACCACCACCUUUUUCCUUGCUGGAAGAAGAGUGGAGUCGGGAACAAGCUUGUGCAGAUGUAGCCAAGCUUUGCGAGGUCGAAGAAGCGGCCAUUGAAGACGUCUAUCCCUGUACACCACUGCAGGAAGCCCUGAUGGCGCUGUCAGCCAAGGUCAAGGAGGCCUAUGUUGCGCAGAGAGUCGUGGACCUGGAGGAUGCAGCCGCUGCGGAAAAGCUCCGCUCCGCCUUCGAGAUAGCCGCUGCCGACACCGCAAUCUUGCGCACAAGGAUAGUCCAGGUGCGCCAGCAUGGCCUGGUUCAAGUAGUCAUCAACGAGGAUAUUCCGUGGCACCGCGGAAACGACCUGCAGGACUACCUCAUCAGGGACCGUGAAGCUCCCAUGGAGCUGGGCAAACCUCUGGUCCGCUACGCUCUCAUCACCGAGGACGAGUCCAAGAAAGUCUACUUUGUCCUGACGAUGCAUCACGCCUUGUACGACGGCUGGUCAAUGCCUCUCGUCGUCGACAGGGUCAACCGGGCUUACGAGGGGGAGAGGAUAAGGAGGCCCGCCGAGUUCAAGGACUUUAUUCGAUAUCUCAACUCUACCGGUCGUGAGUCCGCCGAACGGUUCUGGAGGGAGAAGUUGCAAGGAGCGAACGGAACUCAGUUCCCGCCCCUGCCGUGGGAGGGAUAUCAGACCCAGGCCGAUUCGCUUCUCGAGCUCCAUGUUCCGUUGUCAGGCCGCCCUGCAUCGAACACCACGGUGGCCACGGUCAUCCGCGGAGCGUGGGCUUAUGUUGCGUCCAAGUAUAGCGCAUGCGCAGACGUGGUCUUCGGCGAGACUCUCACCGGUCGCAACGCCCCCAUCAGCGGCUGUGAAGAGAUUGAGGGCCCCAUGAUCACUACCGUCCCCCUCCGUGUACAAGUCCGUGGGGACAUGACGGUGGCCGAGUACCUGCAAGAGAUCCACGACCAGACGGUGAAACAGAUACCAUACGAGCACACGGGCCUACAGCACAUCCGCCGACUCAGCCCCGAUGCGUACGAGGCAUGCGAGCUGAGGACGGGGCUUGUUCUCCAUCCUAGCUCCGAGGAGGACGCGGACCCCAACGAGCGCAACAAAUACCCUGCCAAUCGGCUGGUGCCCGCCGGAGAUGCCGAAGCAGCUCAGGAAGCACUAAAGUUCAACACAUACGCGCUGAUGCUCGUCUGCGCGUUGGAUGCCAACGACGGCUUCUCCAUCAUGGCCAGCUUCGAUUCUAAGACGGUCGAACCGACUGUGAUGGUGAGGGCCCUGAAUCAUUUAGCACGCGUGUCCCAACAGCUGUGUCAAAUGACGGAGGAGCCCCUGAGCGACUUGCAAUAUCUGACAGCAGAGGAAGAGGCUGGACUGGCCCGUCUCAGCACCGCGAAUCCUCAGAGCGUCGAGAAGGAAUAUCCUUCAACAACAGCCGUGUGGAUUAUCGACCCGUUAGAUGGCAAACGUCUAGUCCCCCUGGGCGCCGUCGGUGAACUGGCGAUUGCCAGUGCAACCGACAUGUCGCUGCUUGCUCUCGACUCCGCGCCUUGGUUGAAGUUGAACGGCCCCCGUGAGGAAAACGGCGUGCCUACCAAGCUCUACCGGACCAACCGUCUCGCGAAACUCGACGCCAGCGGAACGGUCCAGCUCAUCCAAGACAACAAAAGAGGCAAGUCAGCACGGGACGCUGCAGCCGUGACCGCCCAACCUCGACCGAAGCGCAUAUCCGCAACGUCAGCCAAGCAACGACGACUACGAACACUCUGGAGCCGCGUCCUGGGAUUAUCCGAAGAAGAUAUUGGUUUAGAUGACAGCUUCUUCCGACUCGGCGGAGACUCCAUCUCGGCCAUGAAGCUGGUUUCAGAGGCACGUCUCGAAGGACUGCGACUGACAGUGGCGCAAGUCUUCCAGAAGAGAACGCUCUAUGACAUGGCCGGCGCCUUGGCGGAGUCCAAACCAGCACCGUCGCAGUCACCCCAGGGAGAGGCGCAGACAACAGCCCCAUUCGAGCUCGUGGAGGGAGCGGCGGCCUCUGCCAUCUUCAUCGACAACGUCAUCCGUCCAGCCCUCGUUAGCCCGACAUGGAAUAUCGUCAACGUCCUCCCCGUCCGUCCGCUCCAAGCCGUAGCCAUCAAGGGCACAGUUGAACUGCCCAGAUUCUCGACCCGCUACGAAGCAAUGUAUUUCGACGGCGCCGUUGACCGUACCCAGCUCUUCCGCGCAUGCCAGGAACUGGUCACUCGCAAUGAGAUCUUACGGACGGUAUUUAUUGCGCAUCAACACACUUUCCUCGGCGUGGUCCUGGAAAAUGUAAAAGUCCCCGUCCAAGUAUACGAGAUUGACGGGGACGUGGAGACGUUCGUGCAACACCUCUGCCACGUCGACAUCCGGACGCGGAUGCCGCUGGGAUCCUGCUUCGUCAAGUGGCUCUUCAUCCAAAGCAGCAACGGCUCCUCCGCGCUGGUCUUCCGCAUAUCGCACGCCCAAUACGACGAGAUCUGCCUCCCCCACAUGCUCCACCAACUCUCAGCGCUGUACGAAGGGCGACCGGUCCCCGAGGCGGUGCCUUUCUCCUCCUUCGUCGCCCACGUCGUCAAGACCAACAUCCCCGAGAGCAUCUCCUACUGGCGCGACCUCCUCCGCGGCUCGUCCCUCUCCGUCGUGAAACCCGACACGCCGGUAGAGAACCGCGACCACUUCGCCAUCCACAGGAAGCUCGACAUCGCCGCCCGCUCCAGGGACAUCACCGUCGCCACGCUCCCCACCGCAGCCUGGGCCCUCUGCCUAGCCCGGCGCCUCAACCUCCGCGACGUCACCUUUGGCGAAGUGGUCAGCGGCCGCAACAUCGACCUCCCCGGAGACAACAAGAACAACAACAACGACGACGACAACAACAACAAGGGUAGCAACAGCAACGGCAGCAGUGCCGACGUCGUGGCGGGGCCAUGCUGGCAAUACGUCCCCGUGCGGGUCAAGUUCGAGCCGGAGUGGACGGCCGCGGAUCUGCUCGCGCACGUGCAGCACCAGCACAUCGCCAGCUCGGCGCACGAGGGCAUGGGUCUCCCGGAGAUUGUGGCGUCCUGCACCGACUGGCCCGCGACCACCGACUGGUUCGACUCGGUGGUGCAUCAGGACGUGGAGCAUGUCGAGGACCUCGGUUUCGCGGGGGUGAGUGGUCGCACCGAGACCAUCUACCCGCACUUCGAGCCGCUGCGGGAGUGGAAGGUCCAGGCGUUUCCCGAGGGGGAUAGCUUGACUAUUGAGAUUAUUACGUUUGCAUCCUGGGAGGCGCACGCUAGGGAACUUCUCGACGAGAUGGAAGAGGCUAUGCGACUGCUGGUGGACCAGCCUGGUGCCUUGCUUUUCAGCGAGUGAAGGGGAAGGGCCGAGGAGGAUGUGUGUUUUGUUUUGACAGGUCCUCCCAUUUUGUAGUGUUUCCUCCCCAGAUAUCAACCUGUCCAUGGAAUAUAAAUGUCUGAUGAGCCGCCGCUAUAUCGUUUGGGUUUUGUAGGGGUCACGGGGAACAGAAACGCAAAAAUGAGCAGCGAGACAACCAAAUUGGUUGGGCGAUGUUCGACUAUGAAGUGAAACGCUGCUUGAGAGGAGAACAAACCAAAAAAGACUCUCCAAUCCAACAA